UGAGGAUCUUUAAUCUCUCUCGGACUUCCGGGAACACAAUUUAUCCAAUUUAUGCACGGAUUGUACAGAUAACCGAGGAAGCAAAUUGGUAUCAAGGACCGUAACAUCGUGUGUUCCUCCUUUAGAAUCCCAAAUCAACAACCAAAUGGCCAAUCUUGAUGCCGGUGAAACAAUCAUACCGGUGCUUUCCUUCUCCGACUUCCCCGAAGACGUUCAGCUCUGCAUCCUGUCUUUCCUCACUCCAUCCGAGAUCUCCUCAUUCGCCUGCACCUCAAAGCAAUUCCUCUCCGUCUGCCGGAGCGACUCCAAGCUAUGGUUUUCGAUGUGCGAUCGUCGAUGGGGAUCCAAGACCCAAAUCAAAAAAUGGGGCUCUGGUAUGAUCUCGUUCAAGCAUCUCUACAAAACGCUACACGAAUACGAAAACUUGAUCGGAUUCUGGCGUCUUAGCAGCAGCGAAAGCCAAGCCAGGAGCCCCAACGCAAUUCCUAACCAACCACCGGCGUUGGUCUUUUUCGAGUGGGGUUCAUCCUUCAUUACCGGCUGUAGGGUUUCACCUUCCAACACCGCUAGUUAUAACGUCGUAAAGGCCCCCUUUCUAUGGAUGGGUAUUUCUCCUAAAGGUGAAAUUGUUAAUUUUCUUGAACCCAAUUCCCAACUAAAAUUGGAUUCCAGUUCGAUCGCCCUCGUUCAGAAUGAUCUAAUUUCUUCUCUGGGAAAUGAAUUGGUUUCCGUGGAUGUUUUUCAUAAGGAGGAUCACAUUGUGAUCGAAGAACGUGUUAGCUUUGGGAAUCUAAAUGUACUGAAUGAAGAGACGCGCGUGUUUGAAAGUGGAUCCCCUCCGGACAGGAUAACCUCUGAGCUUUAUCAGUACUUUGCAAACCGGACGAGUCCAGGAGGAGAAAGAGCCUGGAGGAGACAGAGGAGGAGAGAAAGAGAGAGGCGGGGGAAUAAGAAAUGGGACUCUGCGGAUUUUGUUAAGAUUGUCGAUUGCUCUCCAACAACUUUAAGGCCUUUGCAGGGUCUUUGGAAGGGAUUUUGUGAAGAUGCAAAUUUGGACUUCUUUCUUAUGACAUAUAACGACAUUGGUGUUAUAACAUGUCGAAGGAUUGGAGACUCGUGCAAACCUUUCUUCAGUUAUGCACCAGUUUUUUGGACCUCAAACACUGAAUCUCCAUUUUCUUCUGAAGAAGAAUACAUAUAUGAUACCCGUGAACAUCUUCUGCCACCGGGUCAUCUGCUGUGCUCAGAAAAGGAAGCCGUGUCACGCAUUCUUUACAUCGAUUCAAGCUAUGAUCUGGUGAUACCAGGAUUGUCAACUGUUAAUCCUCAUCAGGCGGAGGGAAGGAUUUGGCAGUAUGGUGAUGGCACAUUUGGAUUUGGGUUUCUUCGUGAUAAUCACAUCAUAGACCUAAGGCACAUUGCAGUGGAUGGAUGCCUAUUAGAUGCAACAGAAUCUUUGUAAUAAAUAGUUGAUGCUCCUUGCUUAGAUUAGUAUUUACUAUUUACUAUUUAGUAAUGUUGUAAUUCACACAUCUGAAUUAGAUCCGGGCUAUCCUAGUGAUCUACAUUCGACUGUGUAGAUAAAUAAGUUAAUUCCUUCACUUAACUGUAUGUUCAGUUUAUUUAUUCUGC